AUCUACUCAACACAUUCAUUCAUAAUCUCACUGAUCCACACAUAGCCUACAACAAGCAAAGAAAAGACCAUCAAGAGCAAAAGGACAAUGAAGACUGUUGCAGCUUUUGUUUUUCUGGCCUGUCUGGUGGCUGUAGGAGUGAAUGGGCAGGACAGGUCUUCCAAGGGCAGAUGUUUCUGUGCUGAUAAAGGAGUAAAUAUGGUUUUGGUAAAGAACAUUGAGAAGGUUGAAAUCAUACCUCCAAGUCCAUCUUGUGCAAAACAGGAGAUUAUUGUUACUCUAAAAAAUGGUGCAGGACUGAAAUGCAUGAAUCCAGAGUCUAAAUUCACUAAAAAUAUCCUCAAGUCUCUUGAAAAACGGAGCCAACAGUAGGAGAUUUCAUGCUUCAUAGAUUCAUACACUGACUGAAUAUUGUGAAUAAAGAAAAAUCUGUAUUAACUUAUAUUAAAAUAUUUCUUAAGCUGACUAAUUUAUUCAUGUGGCCAUAAAACAGCCUUUGCUUAUUUGUUUUGGUUCAUAUUUGU